AUGGGUGAUGGUGGUGCUAAUGUUAGAGAUAUAAUAGUGAGCGGUUGUGGUUCUGAUUUUGAUCCAGAAUGGGCAAGCCUUCCUCUGCUCGUUGUGUUUUUGGUGCUUGAUAAGUUGAUGGAACUCAUCGACCAUGUGCGAUUUGCUGCCGUUUGCAAAGAAUGGUCUUGUCUUGCGAAAGACUACAAUCGUUCAACUCAGCGCUGGUCUCCCAUGCUGCUGAUCCCAACCCAAUUGGCAAAGUCUAAUCAAACACUAGUCUAUAGUGAUUGUGAAGGAAAAAUCUACAAGAAUAUUCAGGGUAUUGAAUUCCCAGAACCAAUGCCUAAAACCAAAUUUACACAUAUAUAUAACCCUAUGUAUAAUAGGCACUGCUGUUCCCCUGGAUAUGGUUGGUUGGCCAUUGUAGAUUGGUAUUAUCAUUAUAAUGGAGGCCGUUAUGGAUACCACCAAGUCAUUAUAACUCUCUCGAACCCUUUCAGCAGUAGCAAAGCAGUGCCGCCGUCCAACAUCAGUCUCCCUCCCUUGGAAUCAGAAGAUAUCCUAUUCGCCCUGUCCUCCGGGAGGCAAGUCGAGACCCGCACAAAGGUUAUGUUGUCCGCUGAUCCAGCUUUGAAUCCGGACAGUUAUGCGGUUAUAGCAUUCUUCCCUGGUGACUUCCAUAUUUUUUACACGGGAGCAAGAUUCACUGAAGAAGGACGAAGUAUUUGGCGCAACCAUCGAAAUGCAUUAUUUCAGUUUUAUGACGCUAUUUUUUACAAAGGCCUCGUCUAUGCAGCUGAUCACCUUCGUGGGUUGAUUCACUCGUUCGACCUUAAUUUGUUAGAGGAGGAAUUUGACUGCUCACGCACACGUUUUCCAGCACAACCUUAUUAUAAUAUGUUCAAACGCCAUCCCUUUUGUCCACCAUAUGUUGUGAAAUCAACCAAAGGGGACCUGUUACAUGUUGUAAGAUUUUGUGAAUUGAAGAAAGAAGAUGGCUCGUCCUCGUCCUCGUCCCGCGGGGAGUACAUCACCACGCACUUUAUGGUUUUCAAGGUACCACCAUUCAACGAUGAAGAAUGCGAAUGGUAUGAAAUUGGGGAGUAUGUUGAGCUCGAAAGCCUUGGAGAUGAGGCUCUCUUCGUUGGGGACAAUUACUCUGUAUCAGUUUUGGCUUCCAAGUUUCGUGGGUGUCAACCAAACUGCAUAUACUUUACAGAUGAUUCCAUCAAUUUUCGACAAAAUGCGUACAUAGCAUGUGACAUGGGCAUCUUCAACUUAGAGGAUAGAACCAUUGCCCAACAUUGCCCUCCAAGUUGUUGGGAAAAGGGCAUGCCAACACCAUUUUGGAUUACGCCACCCUUUAGUGGACUCUACUAAAUUAGCUCUAGUUCAUCUUAAUAAUUAAUCUCAGUAGUCAAGCCAUGUAUACAUUGACUUGUUUAUUAAUAAUUUUUUGUUGAACCCA